AUGACCCUCUCCGGCUGCUGUACCGCUGUCUGUCGCCGUAACAGCAGACUGGACUCGUUCCUGAAGCGGAACACCGACCCGGAGGUGUACGAACGGAUCCGAGUCUACGAACCGUGCGUGGUGGUAUCGAACACCGUCAACAAGGCGUACAUGCACGUGAUGCUGAGUCACGAGCGCGUGUACCUCACCGAGUACACGCCGCGCACGCUCACCAUGGCCGUCAGCUUCAGGCGCGUGACAGACAUCGAUCUGGUCAGUGACCUCCCACAUUUCCUUAGCAGGAAAGACCAGGAAUGUUGUCAGCACAUACAGAUUACUUACACUGAAUCAAAACCCGCUGGGAAGCGAGAUGGUUGUCUAAGAACAUUUAAGGGCACGGCCUCCACCUUCCGCACAAACACAGAAACAGGAACCCUUGUGAAGCUCCCGCAGCCUCCGUCUCUCUGCUUCUCACCCAACUCACCUCCACCGCCCCCAGGUCAAAGGUCAAAGAGCCUCAGGCCUGGACAAGUGUCCGAGAGGACCGGACUCUUUGGAAGAGACGAAAUAACGAGUGGAGAGUCGGACGAGGAGAAGUGUGGAGUGGGGAGAGAGGCGGAGCUGCAUCUGUACAUCGUAUCGCAGACGUCCACGCUGUACCGCCAUCUGCAGAGUGCAUGUAACAUGUUUAUUAUUAGAUCCACUUUGAUGUUGGACCCGACUUACAGAAGGAACUGCAGUGCCUCACAGAAUGUCUGUCCUCCUGUCCUCAGUGUGCCGCUAGCGGCAACUCGCGUGAGGCUCUUCCAGUCCAGUGAGAUGUGUACCUUCCUGGUUCAGACUCUGGAGGGCUCCCUGCGCAGGUGUCAAGGGUCCAGCAGAAUUCACACAGAGGAUCAGCUGCUACUGAGCUCUGUGAUUGUCCAGACGCUGGCUGAGAUGUUCAGAGACACGGAGGUGGAACCAGCCAGACUCACCGUUCUCGCUGCCAAAAAAGGAGUGCUGACAUCCAGAAUGCUGCUGGCCUUGAUAUGUGAUCCACAGCUCCAGACAAACACCCCAGAACGUCCUGUUGACCCAGAGUGUCGGGUUUUACUGCACGAGUACCUGGAUGCCGCCUGUUCGCUGAUGUUUGAGCUGCUGCAUUUAGGUCAGGAGGUAAACAGGUGUCCUUCUUGUGAUAAUGUCCUGACUGUUGGCUGGAUCAUCACAGCUCUGAACCCUCAUCCUCACCUGUUGUCCUUCAUUGGGUACCAGGCUCAGCAGGUGCUUCUGGCUCUGUUAGAUACAAAGAUGUUUUACCUGAGUCCGGUUCAGUCCGUUUUGCUGUUCCGGCGCUGUCGCCUCCUGCUGGCCUGUCUGUAGUACAGCCAUCGCCUGAGACAGCACCUCCAGUCCAGCUUCAGGGAGGAGUUCAGGUUCUUUGUGAAUCUGCGGCGUUCCGAGGAGAAGCUGCCGCCUCUUUACCCGAUCAGCAGAGCGGCUCUGAGACUGAUCAAACGCGUUCUGACGGACGUCCUGCACAGAUGAUCACACGAAAGAAAAGAUGGUAGAGCAGGUAGCUCAGUGGGACCGGGUGAUAGAUUUACAGUAUGUAGACCUGGGUUCGAUUCCCAUUCAUGCUGAAUGUCUGUCCUUUGACAGAACACCAUCGUCCCAUCAACCAAUCUGACACCUGUCUGUCAUGUUCCAGUGUUUUUGCUUGUCCAUGCUUUGGGUGGUCUGAUCCAGCAGGUUUUAUGUUCUAUGUUAACACUUCCAGAUGUGAAUAU